AUGGCCUCCAAACGCAAACUGCAAAUUAAGAUCUCUUUCUAUAUUACCAUCUUGCUGCUUCUGUUGCCAGGCGUUGCACCAGAAGCAGCGCCAGCAGACACGCUAGCAGAAAGGGCAACAGGUUAUGAAGGUAAUGAAUUUCCCCAGCCUGCUGGAUCUGUUCUUCCGUUAGGGGCUUCUUCUACGGCCAAUCCAGCUGCGCCUCAUCGCCGUCUAAGUGGACUCGAUAUGUGUGAGACAGUCCCUGUGCGUUCUCAGUCUUUUUGCGCAAAACCAGUUACCGUGAAGGAGGCGUAUACAUGCCCCAAGAAGGCUGAAGAAGAAGUGUGCCGCCCCGUGCCACGAGCAAUUCCUAGCACGUGUUUGCGGGAGGUUGAGGAGGAAGAAAAAUUUCCCUGCACUAAGCCUAAGCUCCAACAACAAUGCACUGAGGUACAGCAGCCAUGCAUGCGGCAGGAGAUUCAGCAGGAAAGCUACGAGUGCGGGAAGGAGCACUGCAAGCCCGUUAAGCAGAAGGUGCCGCAGGAGUGCAGCCGGAUGGUGGAGGUACCUGAGGCACACCCCUGCACAAAGAUGCGCACUGCAAAAGUAUGCAGGCAGGUAGAAGAACCGGUGAAGAAGACGUGCUAUAGAGAAGGACUAAGGGAAGAAACAUACCCUUGUCAGCAGCCCGAGUUGAAGACGCAAUGCAGAAAAGUCACAGUACAAGUGCCACACACAUGCAUGCGACAGGAAGUGCGCAUUGAGCAAUAUCCCUGUACGAAACAGAAGGAACGCCAGCAAUGUGGACUGGUUACCGUAGAGGUGCCUUCGAAAUGCGCCCGAACGGUCCAAAGGACUGAAGCAUACAAAUGUACCCAAACAAAGUACCACACGAAAUGCAAGAAACAAAAGGUAAAGGUUCCUGCCACAUGCGAGCGGCCAGUUUCAAAAAAAGAUUCUGCACCAACAGCAUGUCUCACUUGCACUGCUACGCAACCAGAUGUACAAUUGAUAACAGAUCAGCCCAUGCUUCCACCCUCGCCCUCCGGUGCACCCUUCGUUGCCGUCCAGGCUUCCGCAUCGCUCGUUGCAGCACCAACCCUCAUAGACGGAUUGGAUGGGACUGAGUCUUUUGAUGAAGAGGCCUUAGAGGACUUACCGCUUGGGAACCCUAAUGAAAGCGGCGAUUGGGGGACGGAGGAAGUUUUCACCGAUAGCGCAGACCAUGAGGAGUGGGAAACGGUAGUGUCUGAAGAAGACCUUGCUUUAGAGCGGCGUUUAAGUGGACAUAAGAAGAAAAAGAAGAUGCGGGGACCCGUUUGUGAGUCUUCUGAGGCGGGCAAGCAACCCGCGUGUGUUGAGCCUCCACCCGUCAUGGAAACGUAUCCCUGUGAACGGACAGAAUACAAGAAAGUGUGCAAAAAAGUACCCAAGGAAGUACCGGCUACGUGCGAACGACAGGUGCCGGCUGUAGAGGAGUAUCCUUGCAUGCAGCCGCGGCAGCAACAGCAGUGCACCACUGUAAGCGUGCCAGUGCCCAGUACGUGCACUCGAGAAGUUCCUUACGAGGCCCCUUACCCCUGUACACGAGCGGCAGUAAGGCGACAAUGCAGAAAGGUAGAGGUCCUAGUUCCCGCAACCUGCACUAGGGAGGUUCCAGAGAAGCAGCCGUAUCCUUGUACCGAAAUCGAAACGCGAACUGAGUGCAAGAAGCAGAAAAUUCCUUACGAGGCGACCUGCACCAGACUGGUGCAACAGAAGGAGACAUACACAUGCGAAAAAAUCGUCAAGGCAAAGCAGUGUACCUUUGUUUCAAAAACAUGCUACAGGGAAGUGCAGAAAGAGGUUCCUGGCCUAUGCAGUGAACAGCGGUGCGCUGAAGUCUCUGUACCAGCCCCCGCCAUUUGCAGGAAGCCGGUCAUACGGCAGGAGGCGUAUCCUUGCACUAAAACAGUUCUCCAAAAUGAGUGCGUGCUGCAGCAAACAACGCUACCGAAGACCUGCUAUAGAAAUGUCACCAUGCAGAAGCAAGUCCCGUGUGAGCAGAUCACGUACAGGACCGUUUGCAGGCCCAGACCGGCAAUUGUAUGCACCGUCCAAACAUGCAAGUCGCACAAAAAAUGCAGAGGCAAGUAA